UAUGUUUUAAAAACGAGAUCAUUCCGUGCAUGGCGGUAUUUGAAUGACAUACGAGUAUAUUUAUUAAAUUAAAGGUUAAUUAAAUUGUUGGAACGGAGCCUCACACUGGUCCCGGAUAAAUAAUACAAAGCAAAGAUAGAAAGAAGCCGUAGAAACAUAAGAUCCGUUAUGUCCAAAGAGGAGCUUGUUGCUGUGGAUUACGAAGUUUUUGGCAAAGUGCAAGGAGUAUUUUUUCGAAAAUACACUCAAGCUGAGGGGAAGAAGCUUGGUUUAGUUGGAUGGGUCCAAAACACCGAAGCAGGAACCGUGCAGGGGCAGCUACAAGGUCCACGCAGCAGUGUGGAAAAAAUGCAAGAAUGGUUGAGAUCUACUGGGAGCCCCAAGUCUCGCAUCACAAAGGUGGAAUUCAGGAAUGAGAAAACUAUUGAGAGCCUAGAGCACUCAUCUUUUAAUGUAGUCAAAUGAAAUGAGCUAUUUAUUGUGUCUGUAAUAUUAUUUAAGCUAUUAACUAUUUUAAAAUGAUGGGAUUUAAAACACUCAAGUAAAAGGAUGUGUCUUAUUUGAUUUAACACCUUACAUUUAUUUAACCACAUUAGAACAUAUGCAUUUUCUCAAUUUUCCUAAUGGAAUAAUUUAAUGAAUGGGAUUUAGAGCAGCCUGGAUGAGGAUCGAAUUAUUUUAGACAUAAAAACAUAACUACACUUAUGUCAUGGUUUGAAUUUCCCCUUUGUGCUUUUCUGCUGAAAUUAAAGUUGUAAAUAUUUACAAUUCCCAAUUAUUGACAAUAUUAUAGGUAAAAUAAACUUUCCUGCUUUUGGAUCAUAGAGUGUGCACUGGGUGUUGCAGUAUUGGACUGCACAUGUUUUAUUUUGAAGAAUUGUAAAACUAAUUAUGUAUUUUUUUCUGGUUUUGUUGCAAAUUAUCAGAUAAUCCCUUUUCCUUAACCUAGGACAUGUAUGUAUAUUUUUGACUGCGUGUUGGCCUUUAGGGGCAAAUACUUAAGAAAUAAAAACAAAUA